CGGCAAUGGCACCAGCAGUAGUUGCUGCUAUUUCCUUCUUGAAUUUCUUGAUCCAAAUAAUAUGCAACCAGCUAUCCAUGUUAUUUGAGGUUAUGUUAUUUCAAAAAAAGUCAAUAUUUUUCUCUUAUAUGUUGCUAUAAAAAAUGCAAGCAAUAAUGUUUGAUUUCAAUGCCUGUAUGUACGAACGUCCUCCUCUAGUGGAGGAGACUCUCCCCAAUCAAAUUGAAAUGUGCCGUCAAAGACUCAUCUUAUACAAAACGUUACAAAGUAAUGAUUCCAUUUUCAUAAAUGCACUCAAAAGAGUAUUAAACGUGAAAAAGUGCUCACUGGGGCAUUUAUUACAAGUCAGGGAUUCCCCCGAAAUUAUUGAUGCUCGCAAAUGUGAUUAUAUUUCACACUGGAUUUUACGUGUAGCUUAUAGUCGGACAGACCACGACAGUAGAGCUUUUUUCGUAAGAAAUGAGCUUCGCUGGUUCAAAAUACGCUUUAAUAACAUGUCGAGUCAUGCUCGUGCAUUAUUUAUCAACAAAUAUCAACUAACAGUAGCCAUCGAACAGGAAAAAAAACAUUUUCGACUAACCGGAUCUUGGUAUAAGAUCUACUUUACUGAAGUCGUGGAGUUGGUAAAAUUACGCAUGUACCCCAUGAAUGAUGGUUACAUUUUUAUUCCGGAACAUAAAGUCGUUUUUUGGUUCCUCCAACGGUUGGAGAAAGACUUGUGGAAUUCAUUCCACCAUUUGAGGAAAAUUCAUCCUGUUUGUAUUGACGAACGUUUGAAAACAAUCAUCUCCCUAUUAAAUCUAGUAAGACCAAAUGAAUAUAAUUUCAAUUUUGGAAAACUCGAACUCGAACAAUUGCGGGAAAAAUGGAAAAAUUUUCCUCUAUGUAUGAAAAUACAGUAUGAAAAUUUGCAAAAGAACCACCACUUGAAACAUUUCUCACGCUUCCAGUUGGGUUUGUUUCUAAAAGGCAUUGGUUUGUCGCUUACAAAUGCUCUCGAAUUGUGGAAAAGCGAAUUUAUCAAAAUUAUGUCUGAGGAACAAUUUAUAAAAGAACACGUUUAUUAUUUCAAACACUUGUAUGGAGUGGUUGGGGCAAAAAUCAACUAUAGGCCCUACAAUUGUGAAAAAAUACAAAGUCAAGGAGUGGGACAUGGACAAAUUCAUGGAUGUCCCUUUAAACAUUCGGACAAUCACAUGUUAGCUGCGCGACUUGCAAAGGACAGCGUUUCCAAUGACGAGAUUGAAUUUAUUUUGGCUUUGAAAAAAGAAAAAGACUACAACAAAGCUUGUACUAGAUACCUUGAAUGUGUUCAUAGUUGUCAAAUAGGGGAAGACACUGUAAUAAAUCAUCCAAAUGAUUAUUUUGAAAAGGCUUGCCAAGCAGAUGUUGUGGACAUUGAAGAUUUGUUUGCGUCAGAAAAUUAUUAAGUUUUGUUAAAUUGUCUUAAGAAAUAAAUUUGAGUUUUGUUUAUUGAAUAA